AUGACUGCCCCUGCCGAAUCGCGCAUGCCCCUCGCUUUCGACUCGUACUUGGGCCUCGGUUCCUCCUACAAUUCACCCGCGUCAACCGCUGCAUUUGAUCCGGAUUUCUCUUGGGACCCAAUGCCGCCACACCAGGAAAGCGAUGUAACUGCCAGUGAAGAGCCCCAAGACGAUGGAGGCCUCAUCUUCAUCACAGGCGCGUCACCCGCAGAUUUCAAGACGAAGACGAACAUGAACAUCGUACGCAAGAAAGCCAUGGACUCAUUCUUGAAAGGUGACGGAAAGUCGAGCAGCAAGUCAAAGAGCUCGGCAGGUAGAUCGAGAUUCAGCAGCGUGGACUCCGAAUCCAGAGGCUCAAAUAAGUCCAAGUUGAGUGUUUCCGGUAGCUUUGUUCUUCCUGCCGUUCCUAUCUUCCUUCGUUGUGAGAAAGGAGUCCCGAUUCCAUACGAUGCUUACAUGCCCCAACCAUUCCAGUCGAUCGGCAAGUCUCUGGAUCCUUUCCGCACGAUGUUUCAGGCCAGUCACCCGGGUGUUUCUGUCGAGGAGUUGAAGUUCCAUUGCAGCAGGUACUUUGGAACAAGAGCGCUUGGAAAGUACUGGAUUCCCACCGCACUCAGCUACCCUCAUACAUUCCUGGGCACUCUGUGUCUGGCGACAGCUUACCACGACGUCAUACAUGAACUAGAACUCGAGAGCGUGCAGACAAUUGCACUACGCCAAGAAGUCAUACAUCUAGUCGGCCGGAAUAUGCUAGAUCCUGAGACCAGGGUGUCUGAUCACAACAUCAUGGCAAUCAUUCAGCUCAUCAUCAGCGAAGUGAUCGGAAGAGAAGAGUCAGGAUUGACUUGGCAUGAGAACGGUAUCGAGGGUAUGAUCUGUCAGCGUGGUGGGCUUGAAAAGCUUGCACCAGCGCCAAGUAACACCACAACCCUUCUGAAAGACCUCCGCGCUACAAUCGAAAAUUCAAACAUAUCCGCAUGCUGGGGCGACAUGGCCGGCGUCCUGCUCUGGAUCGGACUCGUCGUCGGCGCCGCCAGCAAGAAGAGCGAAAGCAAGAUACACAGGAAGUACUUCUCUGCCCUGACGAUGCGUGCUGGCGUUAUGCUAUGCUUUGAGCACCCGGAGUCGAUCCACAGCACCAUGGUGAAAAUGUGCGAGGUCGUCGAGGCACUUGGUGCAGGCAAGCAGAGAAAGGACGAAGGCGCGGGGAAGAGGAGGAGGGUAUGA